UUCUCUAAGCUUCAAAAGAAAAUGGCAAACAAUUCUUUGAGUACUUCUUCAGAUUUCACGUGGUUGGUUUGUGAUGAUAUUGAGCUUAGCGGGAUGCAUUCUCCUAGACCAUCUUCAAUCUACAGUGAGCAAUACUCUAUGAAAAGUGAUGGCACUAUAAUAUUGGGAGUUCCAGGCACGACGACGCCGUUGACACCCGUGACACCAACAACUCCGGCCGAGAUGCCUGAAACCUUUGGUGGGGUAUCGCCCGAGGUUCGACAUAAGUUAGAGAAUGCCUCGCCGGAGACGGCUAGGCAUGUCGCACUGAGGAUGUACAAGAGCUUGAAAAGGCACGGGCUGCAAGAUGAGGUUGGCAAGGCAUUUGAAAGAGAGGGUACUGAGAUUGAAGAGCCAGAGGAAGAAGCAGAAGCAGUUGAUGGGGUUAGGAAGAAGAGAGAGGAGCUCUUGGGGAUGGAGUACAUGCUGAGGGAUGGUUUUGUUAGUUAUCUACGUGACAUGGCAAAAAUCACUCCCCCAAUUCCGCAGCAGGUAGUCAGGUUUUCAGGCAUAAAGUACACAAGGAAGAUUGAGAUCUCCAACAAUGGAUAUGAGACAUUUGGAAACAAACUGGUGGACUGUUUUGUUGGGCCUUUGAAGAAUCUUCUUCAAAGAAAGAAUUCAAAAUGGUUGCAGAUUCUGAGUGGAGUGGAUGGGUACAUCAUGCCUGGGUCUAUGACCCUCCUACUAGGGCCUCCAGGCAGCGGUAAGAGCACUCUCCUGGAAAUUCUGGCAGGGAGAAUCGAUGGAAAUAGCGACUCAACCCUGGAAGGUCUUGUCAUGUACAACGACAAAAAUGCCUCUGAUAUUUAUCUUAGUAGACUCAUUGCAUAUAUCAGCAACCAGCUAAAUAUACACAUUCCAUUUUUAACAAUAGAAAACAAGCUUGUGGGAGAGGAAACAUCCGACAUUGAUCGCCAGAAACUUACAACAGCUGAGUUAGCACUUGGAACAUACUCUGUUAUGAUUUAUGACCAACCAUUUUCUGGGUCUGAUCUUGCAGCUACAUAUGACCUAGUGGACACCAUAAGAACCAUUAGCAGGAUUCAGCAAUCUUCUGCAAUCAUGUCACUAACUCGACUUUCUCAGGAAGUGUUUGAUCUGUUUGAUAGAAUCAUAUUGCUUAGUUAUGGGCAAGUCUUUUUCCAAGGCCUUCGUCAAGAUGCCAUUCCUUACUUUGCCAAACUUGGGUAUGUAAAGCCAUCAUAUGUGGAGUCCAGUGAGUUUCUUGAAGAUAUUGUAGCUGGAGAUGGUUCUCAGUAUAUGGUACCAGGAGCAACUCCCUUGACACUAGAAGAGCUAGUAGAGUGCUACAGGGCUUCAGAUCAAUACAAGGAUAUAAUGAGAAUUGUUAACGGAGAUGAUGCGAAGCACACCUACUGGGUGGAAAGUGAGCAUGGGCUUGGAAUGUCCCUUAAUACGCCAUCCCAUUGUGCGGUUGAUAUACAGCCAAGAAGAGAGCCAGAAUUGGUGGUGUCCAAGCUCUCUACCAAAGUAGGGCACUCAGGGGGUAUUGAGAGCACGGCAAGAGUUCAGGUUGGGGACAUGAUCACAGCAAUGUCUAUGAACAAUGAAGAAAUGCUAUACCUAUCAGUGGGACCCCAAAAAAUUCAGCACAAACGUGCCUCACAUGCAUACUCUGUAUUGAAGCAGGCACAAGGUCACAUUCGUUUCCAAGUUGAGCGCUACAAAGAGAAGGAGGAUGAGUACCAAGCUCAGUGGAAGCAGUUCCAAAGGCCCUUUGUACAAACAUGGUGGCAUUCCACCAAGACUCUGACCUACAGGCAAAUCAAGAUCACCAAAAGGCUUCACGCCAUAAUCAAAUUAAGGCUAUUCCAGGUCAAUACUACCAUAUCUUCAUACCUUUCCCAGCUCAUUAAGAUCAUGAAAAUUAUCUGA